UUUUACGUCAGCGGUCUCUUCCCUGCCUAAACCCUCGUGUGGUGGGCAGUGUAAAAAAUAAUCCUUCCCUUUGCGCCACCAAGCGAAUCCAAAACCAUCCGUCAAAAUGGUGAACUUUACCGUAGACCAGAUCCGUUCCAUCAUGGACAAAAAGGCUAACAUUCGUAACAUGUCUGUGAUUGCGCACGUCGAUCAUGGAAAGUCAACUCUAACUGACUCGCUGGUGUCGAAGGCUGGUAUCAUUGCAUCAUCUCGUGCUGGUGAGACCCGUUUUACUGACACACGUAAAGAUGAGCAGGAACGUUGCAUCACCAUCAAAUCUACCGCUAUCUCUCUGUUUUACGAGCUGUCCGAAAAUGACAUGGCCUUCAUUAAGCAGAGCAGAGAUGGCUCUGGCUUCUUGAUCAACCUCAUUGACUCUCCAGGACACGUUGACUUCUCAUCAGAAGUUACUGCUGCUCUACGAGUCACUGAUGGAGCCUUGGUGGUUGUGGAUUGCGUGUCUGGUGUUUGUGUACAAACGGAGACUGUGCUUCGUCAGGCCAUUGCUGAGCGCAUCAAGCCAGUCCUUAUGAUGAAUAAGAUGGAUCGUGCUUUGUUGGAGUUGCAAAUUGAAGCAGAAGACCUUUACCAGACUUUCCAGCGUAUUAUUGAGACUGUCAAUGUCAUCAUCAGCACUUACUCUGAGGAAGAUUCACCUACAGGCAACAUUCAGAUUGAUCCAGUGAUUGGUACUGUUGGCUUUGGCUCUGGACUCCAUGGCUGGGCUUUCAGUCUGAAGCAGUUUGCUGAGAUGUAUGUUGCCAAGUUUGCUGCCAAGGGCAAAGCCCCAUUGACACCAGAGGAGCAUUGCAAGAAGGUGGAGGACAUGAUGAAGAAGCUGUGGGGUGAUAAGUUCUAUGACACUGCCAAUGGAAAGUUCAGCAAGACCUCUGAAGGGGCCGGUGGCAAGAUGUUACCCCGUUCCUUUGUUGCUCUUGUCUUGGAUCCCAUCUACAAGGUGUUUGAUGCCAUCAUGAAGUUCAAGAAAGAGGACACUGAAAAAUUGAUCGAGAAGUUGGAUAUCAAGUUGGAUAAUGAAGACAAGGAGAAAGAGGGUAAGCCUCUCCUGAAGGCUGUCAUGCGUCGCUGGCUGCCAGCUGGAGAAGCCCUUCUGCAAAUGAUUACCAUCCACCUGCCUUCCCCGGUCACUGCCCAGAAGUACCGUUGUGAGAUGCUUUAUGAAGGACCUGGUGACGAUGAGGCUGCUCUUGGUAUCAAGAACUGUGACCCCAAGGCUCCCUUAAUGAUGUACAUCUCAAAGAUGGUCCCCACAAAUGACAAAGGUCGCUUCUAUGCAUUUGGCCGUGUGUUCUCUGGGGUUGUUUCCACUGGAAUGAAGGUACGCAUCAUGGGACCAAACUAUGUCCCUGGAAAGAAGGACGACCUGUACCUGAAGCCAAUUCAGAGAACUGUUUUGAUGAUGGGCCGUUAUACGGAGUCUAUCGAAGAUGUUCCAUGUGGCAACAUCGUGGGACUGGUUGGAGUAGACCAGUUUCUCGUCAAGACUGGUACAAUCACCACCUUUGACAAUGCCCACAACAUGAAAGUGAUGAAGUUCAGUGUCAGCCCAGUGGUCAGAGUUGCUGUGGAGGCCAAAAACCCCGCUGACCUGCCCAAGCUGGUGGAGGGUCUGAAGCGUCUGUCGAAGUCUGAUCCCAUGGUGCAGUGUAUCAUUGAGGAGUCUGGAGAGCAUAUUAUUGCUGGAGCUGGAGAGUUGCAUCUGGAGAUCUGCCUGAAGGAUCUGGAGGAGGAUCAUGCUUGCAUUCCACUCAAGAAAUCUGACCCCGUGGUGUCCUACAGAGAGACGGUCAGCGCAGAAUCCUGUGUUGUGUGUCUGUCAAAGUCGCCCAACAAGCACAACCGUCUGUUCAUGAAGGCCCGUCCCUUAGAAGAAGGCCUGCCAGAAGACAUUGAAAAGGGAGAGAUUUCUGCUCGUCAGGAGUUGAAGGCUCGGUCCCGUAUUCUUGCUGAGACUUACAAAUGGGAUGUCACUGAGGCCAGAAAGAUCUGGUGCUUUGGACCUGAUGGCACUGGUCCCAACAUGUUGGUUGAUGUUACCAAGGGAGUGCAGUACCUGAAUGAGAUAAAGGACAGUGUUGUGGCUGGCUUCCAGUGGGCAGUCAAGGAGGGUGUCCUUUGUGAAGAGAAUAUGCGUGCCAUUCGCUUUGAUGUCCAUGAUGUGACCCUGCAUGCAGAUGCUAUUCACCGUGGUGGUGGUCAAAUUAUCCCCACAGCCCGCAGAGUUCUGUAUGCAUGUGAGCUCACAGCUGAGCCUAGACUCAUGGAACCUGUCUAUCUUGUGGAGAUCCAGUGUCCUGAAGCUGCAAUGGGUGGCAUCUACAGUGUGUUGACCAGGAGACGUGGUAACCUGUUUGACGAGUAUCGUGUCGCAGGCACACCCAUGCAUGUCAUCAAGGCCCACUUGCCUGUCAUGGAGUCAUUUGGUUUCACAGCUGACCUUCGCUCAAACACUGGUGGCAAGGCCUUCCCACAGUGUGUAUUCGACCACUGGCAGGUCCUUCCUGGAAACCCAAUGGAUCCCACAACGAAGCCUGGUAUCGUCGUCACUGAGACACGUAAACGUAAGGGUCUCAAGGAAGGUGUCCCAGCGUUGGACAACUACCUGGACAAACUGUAAAAGCCUGAACCCCUAGCCUGAUCUCAUUCCACCUUUCACACAAGUUAUAUCUAUAUUGUGGAACCGGACUGUACGAAACACGAUGACUUAAAUGUUUGCCUGGAGGAUUGACAAUGAAUAAAUGACUACAAAAA